GGCAAAGCGGUAAACGCAAGCGGCAGAAGAACCGGAGAAUUACCUGGAAAAUUACCUGGAAAAUUACCUGGACAUUUACCUGGAGAUUUACCUGGACAUUUAUCUGGACAUUUGCCUGGAUAUCUACCCCGUCCUCGGACCCGUUCCGCCUCUACCAACCUUUUCCUCUUUACCUGGUUCCGCUUCAGCCAUGGCCGUGACGGAGGCGGGAUGUGACCUGACUUACUGCAGGAUGAGAGGCAUCGUGACGGUUCUGACCGCCUUCAUCAAGGAGAGGAAAAUGGGCCUGAACGACUUCAUCCAGAAACUGGUGUCGUCCCCGCACAUCUGCCAGCACACCGAGGUGAACAACUUCCUGAAGAUCGAUGAGAACCAGAACGAGGAGGAGGACCCGGUCCUGGACGGCCCGAUGUUCCUGAACUCCAGGACGUCUCUGGCCGAGGAAACUCAGAUCAAACCCUGCGACUUCGACUACCUGAAGAUCAUCGGCAAGGGAAGCUUCGGCAAGGUGCUGCUAGCGCGCCACAAAGAGACCACCAGGUACUACGCGGUGAAGGUUCUGCAGAAGAAGGUGAUCCUGAAGAAGAAGGAGCAAAAGCACAUCAUGGCGGAGCGCAGCGUGCUGAUGAAGAACAUCCAGCACCCGUUCCUGGUGGGACUUCACUUCUCCUUCCAGACAACCGACAAGCUGUACUUCGUCCUGGACUACGUCAACGGAGGAGAGCUGUUCUACCACCUCCAGAGGGAGAGGAUGUUCCUGGAGCCGAGGGCUCGGUUCUACGCCGCUGAGAUCGCUAGCGCGCUGGGCUACCUGCACUCGCUGCACAUCGUGUACAGGGACCUGAAACCAGAGAACAUCCUCCUGGAUUCUCAGGGCCACAUCGUCCUCACCGACUUCGGCCUCUGCAAGGAAGGACUGGAGCCCAACGGAACCACCAGCACCUUCUGUGGGACGCCUGAGUAUCUGGCCCCGGAGGUUCUGCAGAAACAGGCGUACGACCGGACCGUGGACUGGUGGUGUCUGGGCUCGGUUCUGUACGAGAUGCUGUACGGUCUGCCGCCCUUCUACAGCCGCAACACGGCGGAGAUGUACCACAACAUCCUGCACAAGGCUCCGGUCCUGAAGCCCAACGUGUCCAACUCGGGCCGGGAGCUGCUGGAGGGUUUACUGGAGAAGGACCGGACCAGGAGGCUGGGGGCCCGGGAGGACUUCCUGGAGCUGCAGCAUCACUCCUUCUUCUCCCCAAUCAACUGGGACGAUCUGAUGGCCAAGAAGAUCCCGCCGCCGUUCGUCCCCUCAGUGUCCGGCCCGACGGACCUGCAACACUUCGACCCCGAGUUCACGCACCUGCCGGUGUCGUCGUCGCUGCUCAGCGACGCCCCGGCGGCGACCAGCAGCAUCCGGGAGGCGGCCGGGGCGUUCCCGGGCUUCUCCUACGGGCCGCCGCAGGGCUACGCCUUCAUGUGAGCGGCGCCGUGGGGGCCCAGGAUUUCCGGGGGGCCCAGGAUCUCCGGGGGAACCGGUAACACGCCAGAACCGGCCUGAACAAUCGUCCACGUGUGCCAAGAACGGCGGCGCUGCAGCGCCAGGAACCGUCGGCCGGUUCCGACCCAAAGGACAAGUGCCUGGCGUCGGAGAGGGACGUCCGGCGGCUAGCGGGCGGCUAGCUGGGAUGCCUUUGUUACGCUCAAACUGUCUUUUAUUUUUAUCGUUAAUGUUCAAGAUGCAU